UGUUGACCAUGUGUCUGCUGAGUUCGUUCCAAAUUGUGUUAAGUUUAAUCAUUAUUUCUCUUUUUGUGAUAUAUUCAAUAGGAAAAAAAUGGAGAAACGGAAGAAAACAACAGGAAAAUGAUUCGACAUCGAACAAACAUAGAGAGAAUUCAUCUAUAUCUGGAGAAAAUAAAGACAACGGCCAGGAGAUAAAAAUGAAUCUUCCGACUAUGUCUUUUUUACCAGUUUUGUGGAACAUUGUAUUUUCUGAACGUGACAAACAAUACCACGAUUCACACAUCGACAUAUUUAUUAGAAAUCUCUCUACCGGACUUCCUAUGCUAUUUACAAACGAGAAAGUCGUCUGUAUAAACAUAUUUGGAUAUAAAUUGAUUGUUUUCUUACAUCCAGAAUCUGCAAAGGAAAUUUUACGAAGCAACAGUUUAACACAGGAUUUUACACUUGAUUUCUUUAAGCCACUUUUGGGAGAUAGCAAUUUUCUUUUCAGUUCUGGCGAUGAUCGGAGAAAAAGAAGAAAAUAUUUAGCUCCACAUUUUCAUCUUCGGAAUCUGAAAGAUGAUCAAAAUGUAUUUAUGGAGCAUUCAAACGUCUUAGUGGAGAAACUCAAACAAUUGCAGAAGAAUGAAAUAUUCGAUAUCCUGGAAUGGAUGAAAUAUUGCACACUCGACAUAAUUGCAGACAUAGCAGUAGGAGUUUCUCUACAUUCUCAGACUACGAAAGAUCAAGAAUAUGUGUCCGCAAUUCACAGAAUUCUGUCAUAUUUUCCUGAAUGGAUAGCAAAUCCAGUGUACCGGCUUUCCCCAAUUUUUUUCAUGAGUAGAAUAGGAAAAAAAUACAAGAGGGACGUUGAAAUAAUUCAUUGUUUCGACGAAAAGGUGUUCAAGAGAAGAAAAGAAAAUUUUGUGAAAAAAAUGCAGCAGCAACAUUCCUUAGACAAAGAGACCCGUCAUGAAGAAGAACCAGAGAUGAAAACAAAACAGCGUAUAAUCGAUUCCUUGUUGGAUCUUCAUGUCAAACAAGGUUUAAGAUCGGAAGAAGACGUUAUCAGAGAUAUGGGAGGCACUAUUUUCGCGGGUUACGAUACAACCGCCCACGCUAUUUCAUGGACUUUUUAUUUCUUGGGAAGAUUCCACGAAAUACAAGAGAAAAUGUAUCUAGAAUUGCAAGAAAUUUUCAAAAAUGAUUUCAAUAGGAAUAUUACUAUCGAUGACCUGACGAAAAUGACGUACUUAGAAUGCGUAAUUAAGGAGUCGAUGAGAAUCUAUCCUAUUUUUCCUUUAAUUGCAAGAAAAACCCCAUCGGAAAUGAAAAUAGGUAAUUACCUGUUGCCUGCAAAUUCUUCUCUUAUCAUAAGUAUCUGCGGUAUUCAUCAUAAUCCUUCUGUUUACAAAAAUCCCGAAGUGUUCGAUCCAGACCGUUUCUUACCUGAAAACUAUAAAAAUCUUCACCCUUAUGCAUAUCUGCCAUUUUCUGUCGGUCCACGAAAUUGUCUCGGAAGUAAACUCGCCAUGAUUACAACGAAAAUGGUUUUGGCAAAUGUUCUUCGUAAAUUUAAAGUUUACUCUUUGGAUCCUCAGGAUAAAAUCUUCAUCUCAUACACAAUUAUGUUGACUCCAAUAUCGGGUAUAAGAAUGUGUGUAGAAAAAAGACGAAUGUUGUAAAAUUUUAAAUAACCUGAACAUUGCGGUAAUUUUUAUUACAAAUUUAUAUAAACAUAGGCUUAUAUCAUAUAAUCUCAACGAAU